AUGUACUCGUCUUCGAUGCUCGCCGCACUUUUUGCGCUCGUCAACUCCUUGCCCGGUGCGACUGCGGGCUUCUCGCCGGGUUCCAACGGCAAUGUCGCCAUCUACUGGGGUCAGAACUCUGGCAAUGUUCCUGGCGCUCAGCAGCGUCUUGUCUACUACUGUCGUAACACCAACGUCAACACCAUUCCUCUGGCGUUUCUCACUGUGAUCAAGGAUGGUGAUGUCAACUUUGCAAAUGCUGGUGAUAACUGCACCACUUUUCCUGGCGGAAUUCUGAAAAAUCGGUGCCCUCAGAUAGAGGAGGACAUCAAGAUCUGCCAGUCCCUCGGAAAAUCAAUUCUUCUCUCCAUCGGCGGUGCUACAUACUAUGAGGCCGGCUUCAAUUCCCCGGACGAAGCCAUCAACGCGGCCGACCGUAUCUGGGCCAUGUUCGGCCCUGUUUCGAGCAGCUCAGACAAGCGCCCCUUUGGCAGUGCUGUGAUUGAUGGUUUUGAUUUCGACUUUGAGUCCCCCGCCGGGCAAAUCGUCCCCUUCGCCACUCGCCUUCGUUCCCUCAUGGACUCCGCCGCAGCCACUUCCGGCAGAAAGUUCCUCUUGAGUUCCGCGCCGCAAUGCCCCUUCCCAGACCUCGCUAACAACGACCUCCUGCGCAAUGUGGCAUUUGACUUUGUCUCGGUGCAGUUCUACAACAACUACUGCGGUGUCCAUACCUUCCAGUUUGGCGCCCCGAACCAGAACAACUUCAACUUCGACACUUGGGACAACUGGGCCAAGACAGUCAGCAAGAACCCGAAUGUCAAGAUUCUCGUCGGAGUCCCAGGCGGCCAGUCGGCUGCGGGCAUUGGUUAUAUUUCUGGAACCGCCCUGACCAACGUCAUCAAGUACUCGCAGACCUUCUCGAGCUUUGGCGGCGUCAUGAUGUGGGAUAUGACCCAAGUCUGGCGCAACACCGGCUUCCUCGACAGCGUUGCCGCGGCCCUGGGCUCAACUGGCGGAGACGGUGGUGGCGCAGCCCCGCCUGUUGUGACUACCUCAGUGUCUACUCCUGCUACGACUGCUUCCACACUCGUAGUUCAUACUGCCACUACCUGGGUUACGGUUACGGUCUGGGUUACAGCCACGGUCAACGGUCCCUCCGCGACUACCAUGAGCACGUCGACUACGACCUCUUCGGCUAAGAGCACAACGGUUGUGUCUGCGCCUACUCAGGCUGCUGGACUGGUCAACCAGUGGGAACAGUGCGGCGGCAAAGACUAUAAGGGUCCGACUUCUUGCCGGGCUCCUUAUAGCUGUGUCAAGGUCGGUGACUGGUGGUCGCAUUGCAACUGA